GUGUCCAACUCCUUAAAUCUGAUGGCCUUUAAAAAUCACGAGCAACUCACGAGGGCCGACGAAAACCAAAAAGUACUUCAGAGUUAAAGAGCUCUUCGGCUCUUAUUCUGUAUGUGUUGAAAAUCUGCGACACCAUGCUCUAGGGUCUAUAUAUUUCUCAACAGUCCUUCACGCAGAAGCCAUUGCGUCUAAUCCCAUCCGUCUGUCACCUCUUCCGUUCAAGUGGUUCAACCCUCCCCAUGCAGGGUCUGCAGCUUCAAUAUCUUCCUGUUGCUCCAUCUCCUCCUCCUCUUGCUUUGAGGAGGAAGGCAUCCAAUUACCGUACUUGGAUUAAAUCCACCACCCUGCCGAUGCCUCGUACUUGGAUUAAAUCCACCUCCCGCCGUUCUCUGUAUGUCAUUCGUGGUCGUGGUGCUCUAACUAUCCCCAAUUCAGGAAGCUCUUGUCCACCUAGUGACUCAGGGAACUCCUCACCGUCUGGUUACGACUUGUUUCAUACUUUUAGCAGUUUGGUUCUAUUUGCAAAUGGGGCUGCCCCUUCCAUUUGUCACUGUAGGAAUAGUGAAGCUUACUUAUAUACUCCACUAUAUUCCAACAAUGGCGGGAAUUGUGACCUAUGUACUGGUUAAUUGUGCUUAUGUUAAGCACCUGAAGAAUAAGAAAGGGUAAGGAAUAAAGAAGAGGGGAAGCUUACCAACCAGUUUCGUCUUUGUCGUUUAUCCGGAAAAAGACGUAUCAGAGUGACAGCUCUUCUUUAUCCCUAGUCGAUUAGGUCUUUCAACAUGUUGCCCUUUGUGGUACUGGAAUACUAGAUUCAUCUACUUCUUCAUCUAUUAUCCUUACCAACUUUCUUCAGUGACGGAUGUUAUGCAGGACA